AUGAAUUUAAAUUAAAUUUUUUUCACAAAAAUUUCAAAAAACGGUUAGAAGUAAAAAGUAAAUAGCAGCGAUAAAGAAACUGAACGAGUUAGUUGCAUCGAGUGUCGAGUACAUAACUUUUUAAAUUUACAUUACAUUUCAAGUUAUGAUUAGCGCUAAACGUAAACGAUAUCAAAAAAGUUCGUCCUCCACUGACGAUACAUUAACGUUAAUACGAUUGGUGCGGGAAAAUCCAGCGUUGUACAAUUACAAAUUGGAUCCCUAUCAAAGGCGACGUAGUGAUAUACUUACAGGUUGGACAAAAAUUGCAAAUCAAUUGGGAGCUAAAUAUACAGUGGAGGAAUGUCGUAGGAAAUGGAAAAAUUUACGUGAUACAUAUCAUCAGUACAGGCUGCGAAAACAAAACGGCGGUAAUGAUUUCUCUAAGUGGAGAUAUGCUACAGAAUUGCAGUUUUUAUCUACAAUUUAUCAGCCUAAAUUAAAAGUAAAUCGUCAACAAAAUUAUAUUAAUAAAUGUGGAAUGCUGCAAACCACAACGCAUUCAUCGACUGAAAAUGCCGAUAACACUAAAAUUGUUUUAGAUGGUAUACUGAUGACCUAUGAUGAACAUGAUACUAAAGUUCUAGAACAUAUACACAGCGAUAAUAAUAUGGGUCAUUUAAAAUUAAAUCAAAAUGAUUUUGCUGUUGAAAUUGUUAAAACGGAUCCGCUAGUUGAUGAUGAUUGUGUUACAGCCGCUAUGGAACCUAGCUAUGAAGAAGUUUGUUUAUACGAAGAGUCAGGUAAUGCAUCGAUGGAUUGUGAAACAAUAAUUGGUGGUCAUAAUGAAACAGCGAGCACUUCUCAGUAUGUGGAUGCGCAUGAUUUUUGCAUAGAUUCUAUGAAUGUACACACGUUGCGUGCUAGCAGUAAUGACAACAGCAAUAUGUUAUCCAAUAAUAUAAGUCCAACAAAAAUUCGAACUGCAGAUUUUAAAUGUUUAAGUGAAAUAAAUUCAAGCAGUUCAAUUAAACAAAUAACUAAUGCGACAAUUAGUACUACAAUGAAUGAAGAGGAAACAUCAUCAUCGUUAUCCGCAAAAGAUCACCAACAAAAUGAAACCAACGAAGAAUUAGAUUUAUUUUUUGAUUUUCUUAAAAAGAAAAUACAACAUUUUUCCAAAGAUAGAAUCACUGCAAUUCAAGUCGAAUUUUUAAAUUGCGUACUAAAGCACGAAGAGAAAAAAUAUAGAAAUAAAUAAUUAGCAUAGUUAUUUAUAAAAUAAUGUAUUUAAUUGUAUG